AUAAAGAGAGCUCGAGAGUGGCUAGUUGAGGUCACCCUCAUUGUAGCUAUACUUUUCUAACUUAAAUCCCAUCCCUUAAAUUCCAAUCUCUAUCAUCUCUCGAUCGUACAGGCAUGAGACAUGGAUAGUUAGUCGCGUCUAUAAUAGAAGCCCAAUAAAUACAGAGAGAGAGAUGGAUCACCAGUGUUCCCGACCAUCUUGAAAGCACAAAUGGAGUUGAAAUGAAGGAGCGUCAACGGUGGCAGCCAGAGGAAGACGCACUCCUCCGAGCCUACGUGAAGCAAUAUGGACCCAAAGAGUGGAACCUCGUCUCCCAGCGCAUGGGGCAGACCCUCCACCGUGACCCCAAAUCGUGCCUGGAGCGCUGGAAGAACUACCUGAAGCUUGGCCUCAAGAAGGGCUCCCUCACCCCAGAAGAGCAGUCUCUCGUCGUCUCCCUCCAAGCCAAGUACGGCAACAAGUGGAAGAAGAUCGCUGCCGAGGUCCCCGGUCGCACUCCCAAGCGUCUCGGUAAGUGGUGGGAGGUCUUCAAGGAAAAGCAGCUUAAACAACAACAGCAGAACCAAAAGAAGAACCCCAUCAACGCCGCCAAAUAUUCCGAUUGUACUGACGGGAGCAUUCCGGUGGUGUCAUCCCAGGAUAAGGCCGCUCAGGGUCCGUACGACCAUAUCUUGGAGACCUUUGCGGAGAAGUACGUUCUGCAGCCAAAGUUAUGUGCUUUCCAGUCCCUUAGUAGCAAUAUGGCUCCAGUGAUCCCGGGUAUUUCGGUGCCUGACCCAAGUCCGGUUUUGUCCCUCGGUUCGGCGACCUCUUCUUCGACGACGUCAACGGUACUUCGGUCUUGGAUGAAUAUGAACCCUUCGACGACCUCUUCUUCUACCACCUCGUCGACCCCGUCUCCUUCGGUCAGUCUCUCCCUUUCUCCAUCUGAACCGGUCAUCGAGCCGGAUUCAAAUCCGACACGAUUAUUUUCAGCUCAACAGAUGGCUACGCUGAUCCAGUACUGCAAGGAGCUGGAGGAGGGGAGGCAGAGCUGGGUACAGCACAAGAAAGAGGCGACAUGGCGGCUGAGCAGGUUGGAGCAACAGCUUGAGUCGGAGAAAGCAAGAAAGAGGAGAGAGAAAACGGACGAGAUUGAGGCAAAGAUAAGAUCCUUGAGAGAGGAUGAGAUGGUGUUUUUGUGUAGGAUUGAGAGUGAGUACAAAGAGGAGCUUAAUGCUUUGCACAGAGAUGCUAAGUGCAAAGAGGCCAAGUUGGCGGAGUCGUGGUGCAGCAAGCAUACGAAGCUGGCUAAGCUCGUGGAGCAGAUUGGGUUGGUCAAUAGCAUUAAUAGUAACGGGUUCACAGCACUCCAUUAAUUCAAUUCCCCCAUGGAACAUGUUGGUGACUUUCAUUUUAAGUUGAUAUUGCAUGGAUUGCAUUGAUCUGUACCACCUUUUGCUGUGUCUAAUUUACACGAGUUUUCGUGCUACUUUCCUGAA